GCGCACGCUUUUCCCCUGUACUAGUGUGUUUACGAAGUACAUUCACAGAGCUUUCAUUUCGCGCGGGUGUUACACAAAACAAAAUCGUACGAUAUAUUUAGGUGCUCAUCAUAAUAUUUAGGCGCUUUAAGUUUACGAAUUUCGAUAUAUUUGAUAACAUAUAUUUGUUAUCUCUUGAAAGCCCUGAUUGACGUUUCUCACUGAAAACUACGGGAAGGAAAUACCAACAGGAGGCGACAGUACGUGUCGCGACUACUGUAUACAAUCAAGGCUUCACAUCGGAAACCGCUACAUGUACAUGCACGAAACGACUUUGGUGAUGAAAUUGACACAUUCAUGUUAUAAGUUUUACAGGUGGCCGUUUCAAGAUUUAUCAGCGUGAAUUAGAACCAAUAGUGUGUAGACCAAGAUCUAGACUACCUUUCAGAUGGUAGCAUUGGUGUGUUUGGACAGUAAACAGCUUUGAUUACAAACUCUGGUUUCGUUUGGGAACUUUAUUAGCAGAUUGUGGAUGAACUAAGUGAGAAAAAUGUGGCGACACGUUUUCAUCCGCGGGCUUUUUCUGUGCAGCUUUGGACUGUUAGCCCAAGCACUUUUAGAACCGGCUGAUCAAAAAAUUUACCCACGGUCGGCCGAGAUCGGAAAAGUCGGUUACGUUGUCUACGAGGUGUUUCAAAGAGGAGAUUCCCCUGACCACACCUGCUUUCAAAACGAUUAUAACUGCACAACGCCGCACGGGCAGUGUAGCGACAACCACGAUAAAUACCAACUCGUUACCGUCGCCGAUCCGGUCGCCGAGUUAGGUGGACAUAAGUGGUUCUGUGGGAUAAAAAUAGAGGAUGUGUCGGUCAAUGAUGUCGGGGUCUACAAGAUUUGUAAGCUGGUCGGAGGUGCACAGACAAUACAUGGCUGUGUGGAACACCAGAACCUGCACAUUAACUUUGCUGCCUGGACAAAGGAUAGUCACGGUCGCAUUUGUCAAACAUCAUACGAUGAAACUUCUAACGAACUCGUCAAUAAUUGCACAUCGCUUACAACGACCCCACAAUUAACAACAGAAGAGAAAGAAACGGCACCUCUUACUACCAAGGUCGUGGAACCAUCACCCGGUAUCAAGUAUACUGACAUAAUGGGCAGUAACGAGGCUCAAAUAAUUGAAAAAACUGAGCAUCCGGGAGAGUGCUACAGCAGACGAGAUAUAAUCCUUACUGCCUUUGGUGCCUCUAUUGCAGUGGUUAUAGUCGUGGCCGUCAUCUGGAUGAUUCGUAAGGUUCGAAAACGAUGCCAAAAAAGGAAAUUCGAUGACCAUGAGGGCUACCUGCCAGGUUUACCGAUGGGUCACUCACAACCAGUCGUAGGCAACGGGUACGCUGUCACCGGUGAUUCGGAUGACGACUCGACAGGAGAUUCCAGAGCGUAGUCGAUGUCGGUUUAACUUUGUCAAUCGACGGUUGAUCAGGAACUAUUCUUAACUCUUUAAAUACCUCGGUCAUGACGAUGUGCUGUAACAUGUUACCGUCUAUGGCAUACAGGGAUUUUUG